CGGCGGGACCCGCUGAGGCAAAGCGGAGCCGCAGUGACAGAAGCGAGCUGAGCGGCCGCCGGGAGGGACUCACCGAGGCGCAGGGGCUGGAGGUGGUGCUGGGGUUUUCUCUAGUAUCUGGUGAUAUCUUUUUAGUGGUCCGGAUGAGUGAGUCAGCAUCUCAAGAGGAACCCAAACCGACUCAGGAAAAUGGAAAAGAAAACAAGGAAAGGAAUCAGGAAGAAAUUGAAGUGGAAGAGCCUAUUAAGAGCUUACAAGGUACACCAGACAGUUCUGCCUGGGACACCAGCAACAAUGUGGCAAAAGAAGCAGUAGAUGAAGUCAAAUCCCAAGAAUUAAACCUGGAGGAGCAGCCAAAAAUCCCUGUUUGUUUAAUAAAGGACUCUAAUGUUGGAAUCUCAAAGAACAUUGUGGUUAGAAAACCUGCAAAAGUGAUUUUUGAUUUAGAUCAAACUGUACUGGAUUCAAAGCUGGAACAACCAUGGAAGAAAAAUCUUUUUGAAAGAGUGGAGGCAAAAGCCCGGGCAAUGCAGCAAAAAAUAAUAGAUAAGGAUAACCUGAUGAAAGAAUUAGAAAAAAAGGCUGAAAAACAACUCCCUAAGGAUAAUUUGGCCAAAGAGUGGUUUAAUACUGAGCAUAUGACACUGAACACACGUGCAUAUUUGCUUGACAAACUUCUGCCCACCUUAGUUCCUGGAGUGGAAAAAAUGUUAAUGCAAGUGGAAAAGAAGAAGCUUUUGGCAGAAGUUGAUAUUCCAACCAAGUUUGAUCCCAUCAAUUAUUUGGGGGAAUACUUAAUGAGAAACAAUCCUUAUUAUAUCAAAGACUCAGAAAUGUCUGGCUAUCAGAGGGUGAUGAGAGAUGUCACAGAAGAGCUGAAGAUACACAUUCCCAACACUCUCUCUAACAGAGUAUCCAAGAUGAAGGAGAACAUUAAACAGAAACAAGAACAAAGAGAAUUAAUAAAUGAAGUCAAAGUCAAGGUGGCCAACAUACGGAAACAGGCUCUGCAGGAGCAGUUCAAUGAGUGGAUUCUAGACCCCAAAGGAAUGAUUCCUAUAAUAGUGAUUCAGAAUGUUCUUUAUGAAUUUUUUCAAAGUUCAAAUUUCCAGCUUGAACCAUGUUGCAAAAAACUGGAUAUUGCUGAUUCAAUGGAACCAAGAUUGAACAAAAUGGAAUUUGCAGAAUACAUCUCUUCACAAAUUUCAGACUUCAGAAAUGAAAUGUUUGAGGAACUCCUUAAGUACCUUUGCCACUGUGCAGAUGAAUUCCGGGAGGUCAUAAAAGCUGACAUGCAGAGACAGAUGUUUGCUGAACUCUUCCUAUAUUGUGAUCUUGGGAAGGUAGGGUUUUUGGAUCGGCAGAGGACACUGGCCUUACUGGAAACAUUCUAUGACCAGAGUUCAAAAAUGCUUAGAAUUUUACUCCGAAACCCAAGACAAUGGCCGUUCAUUGAAUUUGAAGAGAUUGACUUGCCUGAGUUCUGGGGCAAUAUGGAUAAUCAAAAACACAUUUAUGAAGACUUUGACAAAGUAGUCUUGGAGAUGAAUACAUUACUUUCUCAAAAAAAUGCUAGCAAAACCCAAAGCAAAUUGUUAGAAAAUCCAGAAAGUCAACAUAAACAUGAGGAACACAGAAAAUCAACACUACCACCAAGCCCACCGGAACAGCAGAGAACGACAACUGCAGCACAAGAACCAAACAGAAUUUCAACAGAAGAACAAGAUCAAGACAGAGAAUCAACUGGAGAAAAAGUGCUAUACAGAGAAUCAUUAACAAAACAAGGAAUUCACAAAGGGUCGACCCCAAAACAAGUAGUGAGUAGUGAGUCAAUAACAGAACAAGGACCACUACAAAAAGUAGCAACUUCAGAACAAGGAAUCCACAUAGAGUCAGCUGCAGAACAAGGACUUUAUGGUGAAUCAACAGCAGGACAACACAGAGGGUCAACAACAGAACAGAGAUCACAUAGAGCAUCAAUUGCAGAACAAGGAUCACAUAGAGAGUCAGUAACAGAACAAGAACCACAAAGUGGGUCAACUGCAGAACAGGGAUCACACAGAGACUCAGUAAUGGAAAUAGAACAAGGAUCACACAGAGAGUCAGUAAUAGAAGAGCCUCACAAAGGGUCAGUGGCAGAACAAGAACCACCCCCUGUAGAGACAAUUCCAGAAAAACAACAGGACACAGACUCAUCUUUACAAUCCAGAAAAGGUAGUAUAUCAAGAGAAAGUAAAAAGUCUAGGGAACUCACUUCCUUUGAGGACAUCGAAAUCCCUCAACAGGAAGAGAGGGCUGAGGAGCAAACAUAUGAACUACACAUAAAUUCAGAGCUGCAAGAGGAAGCUCCAGUAUCAAGUAGAAAAGAUAGUUUUUCAGAAACUGCAAAAAAGGAAGUUCAGAAAGACAAAUCCUGUGAACCCAAGUCCCAAAAAAUAGAAGGAAAGUCAUGGUCAGGUGAACUUUUGACUUGUAACUGGACAAUGAAGUAUAGCAAAUGUGAAGAUGAGGAAGAGGCCAACUUAAUCUAUGGUAACUCCAGGUUCACAGACCUUCACUCCAUUAUGAGAAAUAAUCAAUCCUACAAGAGCAUAAAUGGUAGGAAUGCCUUCAAUGGAAUUUCCUUCAAUCUGCUCCAGUUUGUGCAACUCCUGGAGACAUUUGUUGGUGAAGAUGUCCCCUUGAGUAUCAGUGAGAUAUUCACCUCGUUUUUUAAGAGGAGCUAUGUUGAAACAAAAGAAGAGAAAAUCAGCGCCUUAAAACAGCUUAGACAAAAUGCUUCCCAAGUUAAACGGAGACUUCUCCUAGAAGCCCUCUUUCAGAAGUGGGACAGCGAUGGCUCAGGCUUCCUGGAUCUGAAGGAAGUUGAUGAACUCUUGUACACAUACAAGGAAGGAAUGGAAAAAGAAUCUAUGAAGAAAGCUAAACUGCAUGGCCAAUUUCCAAAGCCACACCCUGGUCAUGAAGUGAGAUUGUCUUCAAAGCAGUUUCAUAAAUACAUAGAAUUGGUUGUAUCUGAACUCAGGGGCAAUGAAGAUAAUGUUCUGGAAAGCAUUGUGGAGUUUCUGAUGAAUGCUUUAGAAAGGAGCCAUAUUGAGAGUCUGAGGAAUUGUGCCAGACGGAAGUGGCUGCACCAAAUCCAACAUGCUGCAGAGACAAGUGGGGUAUCCCUGGAGCCAGUAUACACUGAAACUUUUAGGGCCCUCACCCAGGAUGCUGAAGCCCAUGGAAACAAGAAGAUCAGUGCUCACAUUUCCCUCUUAGAGGAAAACCUACUACUGCCUGAAAGAGGGAAUGUUCUAUUGAGGAAUGUAGCUUGUACUUUAGAUGAUGCUCCAUUUGUACUGAACAGAGUGCUCUACAGGGACAUGAAGGGAAUCAGCUUCUCAGUAGUGGAUGAAGGGAAGCCAGUGCACGUGCCCCAAGUUCAGCACCACGGAAACAUCUUCUUCUGGAACGAUUCCCUCAAGAAGAGUGAUCAAAAUGGGUCAUUUCUGGCUCUGCCUCUUCAGGAUGCAUAUAUGAGGACCUUUGGGGUCAUGGCUGUUGACACCCUAAAAGAUCCUCAAAAAAUAAACAUCUUUUUACCUCAUGAGAUCAAGUUCUAUCAGGGUGUCGCCAAUGUCUUUAGCACUGCUUAUCACUACGUCCAUAGUCGGGAGCACAUCCUGCAUGUUGUGAUCACUGGUAUCGGCUGGCUAUAUGACAUCACACCUAGCAUCGCCGCUGUCACUACAUACUUUGUUGAGCCUGCUCCAGAGCAGGAUUCAGACUAUGUCUUACGCAGGAUGAUGGCCACAGGCCAUCUGGGUCUGACCGAAAUCUACAAGAAUCCCAGUAUCAACUUCAGGAAGACGUGUAUCUUCAGAGAUUUCCUCUUUAAGUGUACAGACAGUUCAGAAGUUGUUUUGGCCUCUGUCUAUGGAGAAAACCACAUAGUAAUUCCACUUCGUGAGAGAACAGGAGAAGCUCUGGGAGUUCUCGAUUUUAACAUUGGCAGGAGUAGGAUGUUGUUAUAUCGAGAAUUUAAAGAUCUACAGAAAAUGAUGAAAGUGAUCCAAGCCGCUUGCUAUGAAAUACUGGGAGAAUUAUCUGGAGAAAUAAAGAAAAACCUUGUCUUAGAGGUUGAAAAAGUUGGAGAAGUCCAGAGGGCAGGAAUUCUCUUCUUCCGAAUCAUGCUACAAGAGCUGCAAGAAAGCCUCCAACUGCUUACUUCCACGGACUUUGUAUCACUGUUGCUCUAUGAUCAUAAUCCUCCAGCCAAGUCAAAAUCUCCUCCAGACAAGUCCCAGGAGUUGAAAGAUAACACAAAGCUAGUACAUGACAUUCUAAUGGGGGUUAUCUUGUUCAUUCAUCCAGAGUUGGAAUUAUCCAGUGACUUAGGAAAUUGGGAUGUAUGUAAACAGUAUGUUGACAGACACUUAGUCAAGAAUAUUUGUACCUUUGAUCCAACUGCUAAGCAUGUGAAAGUUAACUUACAGCUCAUUGUUCAAUAUAUCAAAGAUCAUUCUCGAAUUGAAGUAUGGGAAUUUGGUGAUAUUACCAUUGAAUACCUAUAUCACUGGACACACAUCUGUUUAGCUCUUGUGGAGCUAAGCAACAAACUAAGUAGUGCUAUAAAACCCCCAUUGCCCUCCAAGACUGAUUCCUCCGUAUAUGCAAAAAUGCCAGGGGGAAGCUUGCUAGGGAAGUGCUGAUUAACUGGUACUGUAUUUAUGGUAUUUUUGUCAUGUUCAGUUUUGUUAACUAUCAGUUUUUUUCAAUUGGAAAGGAGUGCCACAUAGACAUAUUCUGCUCUUAGACAUUUACCUCAGUACUUUCUAAAAUCAAAAGUGCUGUUUGGAGAAAUUUGAUCUAAAAAAUGUCCAGUUAAGGUAGCUAUAACCAAAUGUAUGUUAUAAAAUAUAUUUAAAAGUUUCCUUUUAAUUUUAGCUUUGUAUCUGCCAUGGAACUAUUAUGGUUGAUUGGGUAGAGUUAUUUCAAUCCUUUUAAGGUACAAAUUAAAGACAAAGCUUUUGGAAAAAAAUGACAAUUUUUAUAUCAAAAUAAUAACAAGUAAUAAAGAUUUUAAGA